AUGGAUGAGAGCGUACCGAUGGAUAAAGAGGAGGCACACGUGAGCGAGGAAGCACAGUUACCGAUGGAUGAUGAUGAAGCACACAUGCCAGUAGAUGAUGAAGGACCACCCAUAACUACUCAGGAGAUGGACCGGGUGGAUUUGGAGGCUCAUAAAACAACUGAUGAAACACCACCCAUAACGACGCAGGAGAUGAACCAGGUGCAUUUAGAGAUGAAUGAAGCACCUCCUACUUACACGAUGGAUUCAGAUAUGGGAUAUGAUGAUUACGGCUAUGAUGGCGUAGACAUGUAUGAGCCUGUGCAAGGGGAAGACUUACAUGAGGCUGUCCAAGAAGCACGACAAGAGGAGGAGGAGGAGCAAGAGGAGGUGGAGGAUGAAUAUGAUGAAGAAGAGAUUCUGGCCAAGACAGCUCCACUGUUGGCCAAGAAACUGGGAACUAAUGUAUUGAAAAUGAUUCGAUUAGGUAGAGUGCAGAUGGAAGCAUUUAAGCGGGAGUGUGAAACGGAAGUAGCCAAAGUCAAGGCGAGUACACAAGAUGUGCUUGAGGCUUGUGUGAUUGAAGAUUUUAGGAAUCGAGUGAUUGAAAAGUUGAAUGAACAAGAAGAAGACUAUGUAGAGAUGAAUGAGAUGCUUGCUUAUACGAGACGGUUUGAACUACAUGAAAAUCAAGUGUCUAAACAGAAUGCAGUGGUAAUCAUGGAAACAGCUAAAGUAAAUCGAGAAAUUGAAAAACUAGAAAGAGAAUUCCAAUCAAUGAAGAAGGGAAGAGAAGAAGCCAUUGAAGCUGAUACUUUUUUAAACUCUGUCAAGCAACUCAUCCAUUCCCGCUAGUUAGUUAGAUCGGUCACUGAAAAUAGAUAAAUUGUUUUUGGGAUGUACGUAUGAUCUUUUAUCUAUUUUUUUUAUGUAUUAUAUAUUUUAUGAGUAUCAUUUUACAUAUUAAAAGUAGGGUUGCUUAUACGUGGUGAAUGUUGUUAUCAUGCAUGAAUUUUAUAUGUGCGUCAUGUAUAUUUUUACGCGUACACAAUUUUUUUUUUUUUUUUUUUUUUUUUUUUACUUUCUCGUCCC